UAUUUGGUAAUACCGACAAAGCUAUUUGGUGUAUGUCUGCUAUUAGCACGGAUGCGCACCAAAUGGUGAUUUUAUCAACAGCUGCAAAAUAUCUCUGGCUAAAUAAUUCCAGCUCUCAAAAGUAGAUGGAAUGAAAUCGUUGUAUGGAUUUCAAGUUUUAAAGGUUAGACCGUUGUGAUUGCUUUUGCUUUGACUUUUAUUAUUCAUGUAAUAUUUAAGUUUAGUAAUAUUUAAACGUAAGCGUAAAGUUAUUUAAAUAAUUGAUAACAUUCUCUAAUCUCUGUGUUUCGGUGAAGCUAGUAAAGAUUAGUUGGCAAUGACGGAAAUAUCGUCCAAACGAGAUCUUAAUUCUAAGAGAACAUCCUACAUUGAUUGGGAUGAAUAUUUUAUGGCUAUAGCGUUCCUUUCCGCAAAACGCAGCAAAGAUCCCUGUACCCAGGUCGGUGCUUGUAUUGUUAAUAAUGAUAAACGAAUUGUUGGCAUUGGAUAUAAUGGAAUGCCCAUGGGAUGUGAUGAUGAUAAAUUUCCAUGGGGAAAAGGCUCUCAUAACAGAGAUUUAGAUACAAAAUAUCUUUAUGUAUGUCACGCAGAAAUUAACGCAGUUUUAAACAAGAAUUCAAGUGACGUUAAGGACUGUACAAUGUAUGUUGGUUUGUUUCCAUGCAACGAAUGCGCAAAAGUAGUAAUACAAUCUGGCAUAAAAACAAUAAUAUACAUGUCCGAUAAAAAUGGUCAUAAAGUCGAGACAAUAGCUGCAAAGAAAAUGUUUGAUGCUGCUGGUAUAAAGUAUAGACAAUAUAUCCCAAAAAAUCAAAAAAUAGAAAUUAACUUUAGUGAUAUUAAUUGGAAUCAGAUGAGUCAAUUACCACAAACUCCAAUAAAACAAGAAGAUUAAAAAAAGAAAAAUACAAAAACAAAUCAAUUGUAUUAUAUAUGAAAGAGGAAGAGAGAGAAUAACAGA